AUGGCUUCCAACUAUAGAAUUCCAGAAGAAAUGAAGGCCAUCAGGUACAACAAGUUGCGAGACUUCUCCUUAGCCACGGUGCCCGUCCCGGAGCCUAAGCCUCAUGAAAUUCUCAUCAAAGUCAAGUCGUGCGGCGUUUGUGGUACGGACCUUCACAUUCAUGACGGAGACUUCGAAUCGCGAAUGCCUGUUAUCACCGGCCACGAGACUUGCGGUAUAGUCGUCAAGCUAGGUUCCGAGGUGACGGGCUUCAACCUCGGCGAUAAAGUCACGGCAGACAACUCGGAACUCUGCGGCCAUUGCCAUUACUGUCGACGGGGUCAGCUCCUUCACUGCGAGAACUUCCUCGGCCAUGGCGUUCAUUUGGACGGCGGCUUCGCUGAGUACUGUGUAUUUCCUGCGGCCAAGCUAUUUCACUUUGAAAGACUAUCAUGGGAAGACGCCACACUCUUUGAAGCCGCGUCUUGUGCUAUUCAUGGGCUCGAGUGGAUCCGGCCAAGAGUCGGAUCUAAAAUUCUACUCAUUGGUUCAGGACCAACGGGCCUCUGUUUGGCUCAAUUGCUGAGAAACAAUGGAGGUCUACAUGUGGUGGUGGCCUCUAACAAGGGUAAGAAAAUGGACCUAGCAAGAAAGCUCGAAAGCGGCGAUGAGUAUGUCGAGCUUGAUCGAAAUAAUCCCCAGUCGCAAUGGGACGAGUUGAAAAGGAGACAUCCCUACGGCUUCGAUGUGGUAGUCGAGGCGUCUGGAUCUCACCAAGUAGCAGAGAUGGCGAUUGAUUUCGUGGCCAAGGGCGGCAAGCUGAUGUACUAUGGAGUGUACAAGAAAGAAGCUUUGGUAAAGGUCUCCCCAGCCAAGGUAUUCAAGGAUGAAAUAACGAUCAUGGGAUCAUUCUCGCAAAUGUACUGCUUACAAGCGAGCAUCGAUUACCUAGAGAGGGGCAAGGUCAAGGUCGAAGGAAUCGUGGAUAGAACAUUCAAGCUGGAACAAUUUGGGGAAGCAUUGGACGCCGUUAGAAAUAAGGAUUGCAUCAAGGCUGCUAUUAUAAUGGACUAG